GCGUAGCGUAACAUUCCAUUGAGAAGAAGAGGGGAAAGAUGGCGUCCUCUAAUAAUCCUCGCAAAUUUAGCGAAAAAAUCGCUUUGCAUAACCAGAAGCAGGCGGAAGAGACGGCCGCCUUCGAGGAGGUGAUGAAGGACCUGAACAUCACCAGAGCCGCGCGGUUGCAGUUACAGAAGACCCAGUAUUUGCAACUAGGGCAGAAUCGUGGACAGUACUAUGGAGGCUCACUGCCCAAUGUCAAUCAGAUUGGAAAUGGCAACAUUGACCUGCCUUUUCAGAACUCUGUGCUGGAUACCAGUCGGACAAAUAGACACCACGGGCUGGUGGACCGCGUUUACCGUGACCGGAACCGCAUCACAUCUCCUCACCGCCGCCCUCUGUCAGUUGACAAACACGGUCGCCAAAUUGAUAGCUGUCCUUACAGCUCAGUUUACCUCUCCCCACCGCCAGACACUAGCUGGAGAAGGACAAAUUCAGACUCCGCCUUACACCAGAGCGCCAUGAACCCGAAGCCCCAGGAGAUGUUUUCAGGGGGAUCACAGGAGCUGCAGCCUAAACGAGUGCUGCUGCUAUCGGUGCCUGGGACAGAAAAUUCAGAGUCUGAUACAGACAAGGAUGCUCAGAAACAGCUGUGGGAUGACAAAAAGGAUGACGCAUCAAAGCCUAAUGCAUGUGAUGUCCCAGGAAUCAAUAUAUUUCCAUCACCAGACCAGGAGUUGAAUCCAUCUGUAGUUCCAGCUGCUCACAACACUGGUGGUUCUCUGCCAGACCUGACUAACAUCCAGUUCCCACCUCCGCUUUCCACUCCACUCGACCCUGAGGACACCGUGUCCUUCCCCUCGCUUAACUCCGCCAACAGCACGGGCAGCCUGACCACAAACCUCACCCACCUGGGCAUCAGUGCUGCCAGCCAUGGGAUCCCCACUUCCUCUCAGCCUACCAUGACUGUAACGGCUCAGCGCAGACAGCCUCCUGUGGUACCGCUCACCCUCACCUCCGAACUCCACCUCCAACAGUCUCCACAGCAGCUCUCACCCACCCUCUCCUCACCCAUUAACAUCACACAGAUUGUGCAAGCUGAGACGCUAACCCUGGAACAGCAGCUUGCCCAGUAUCCCCUGUUCAACCACCUGACGCCUCAGGCCCAGGCACAGCUCCUGAGUGAUCUUCAGAAGCAGCAGGCUCUCCCACAGGGCAUUCAGCUUAUUGCUUUGCCAACCCCGGCCUCAUCUGGGACAGCCACAGCAAGCAGCCCGUCUCCAGACAGCCAGACCACCGCCAGCAUGAGUAUCAGCUCGUACCGCAAUCAGACUGGCUCACCAGCCACUCAGUCUCCAACCUCCCCAGUCUCCAAUCAAGGAUUCUCCCCAGGAGGCUCGCCUCAACACAUUCCUGUGGUGGGCAGCAUUUUUGGUGACUCCUUUUAUGAUCAGCAGCUGGCAUCGAGGCAGACCAACGCUCUUUCUCAUCAGCUCGAGCAGUUCAACAUGAUCGAAAGUCCCAUCAGCUCCUCCAGCCUGUACAACCAGUGCUCCACCCUCAACUACACACAGGCAGCCAUGAUGGGCCUCACUGGGAGCAGCCUACAGGACUCACAGCAGCUCAACUACAGCAACCAUGGCAACAUCCCAAACAUCAUCUUAACAGUCACAGGUGAAUCUCCGCCAAGUCUCUCCAAAGAGCUGACCAACUCUCUGGCCGGCGUUGGUGAUGUCAGCUUUGACGCAGACUCUCAGUUUCCUCUUGACGAGUUGAAGAUUGACCCGCUCACUCUGGAUGGACUGCACAUGCUCAACGACCCUGACAUGGUGCUGACUGACCCUGCCACCGAGGACACGUUCAGGAUGGACAGGCUGUAACGUGAUGAGCUGACUGAGGUUCGGAGCAAAGUGAGAGGAAAGGGGGGAAAAAAAAACACUUAACUUGUGAAUGAAGAGAAAUAAAGG